CUAUAUCGCUACCCUCUCACAGAGAGGCCAACUUUUUAUCCAUUGGGACAAGUUGCGUUAGUGUGAUGGUCAUAUUUUCAUUACUCCUCAUGUUGCUUUAUAUUACUGGCAAAAAUACAACCAGACAUACCAAAUAUCUUAUAGCUUUAAGCUUCAAAUAAUCAUGUGUUUGUGAAUUUAAUAACAAAGUUAUUAUAAUAAGUCUAUUUAAACAGAUAUGAUUACAAUUAAAAUCGAUAAAUUUUUAUUAAUACAAUACAUUAAUAUUCAUACUUAUAAUAUUUAUUUUUUAAUUUAUAAAAAAUUUAUGAUUAUUUAUAAUCAUAUCAGGUAUCAAGACAAAAGACACAAUUACAAUGUGAUGAUGUGUUAUUGUGAUUCCAGUGAUUCUUAGUGAUAAAAGUAAUUAAUCAUUUUAUAGAUUUUUUUUUUUUUAAACAAAUUAUUUUUGGGAUAAUUAAUUUUACCUAAAAAAAAAUUGUCAAUACUUCGUAGGAUUCUUUUCACUGAUAUAUUCAUAAAGACAAUAAUAAAACAUUCUAACAUUAAAAAAGUAAUUGAAAAAAUUAAAUUAAACUAAAGAUAAUAAUCAAGUGACAAAACGAAGCACGCAGGAGUUGUUGGUUUAUGGGGGGCACCGCCUCAUCAACAGCGGAUGACCCCCUGCGGUUCACCAGGUAAUCAAACAACAAAUUGGAAUUCAGGUACUCAAAUUAAACAAAUGAAGAGUCCAUCUCGUAUAAUGCGCCAAUCGAGCCUCACUAAAUUAGGCUCAAUGAUCAACACUGCUGUUAAUAAAAGAGUCGGCAAUGGUGACAUACAGUGGUCUUUCUCGCAGGUGAAAGGUACCCUCGAGGAUGAUGUCACUGAUGCUGAUAUAAUCUCUUGUGUUGAAUUUAAUCAUGAUGGUGAUUUACUUGCAACUGGUGACAAAGGUGGAAGAGUUGUUAUUUUUCAACGUGAUCCCAUUAGUAAAAAUAGUAUACCAAGAAGAGGUGAAUACAAUGUUUACAGUACAUUUCAAAGUCACGAGCCAGAAUUUGAUUAUCUUAAAUCACUUGAGAUUGAAGAAAAAAUUAAUAAAAUAAGAUGGUUAAAAAGAAAAAAUCCAGCUCAUUUUUUAUUAUCAACAAAUGAUAAAACAAUAAAAUUGUGGAAGGUUAGUGAACGUGACAAGAAAGUUGAAGGAUAUAAUACAAAAGAAGAAAGUGGAGCAAUACGUGAUCCUUCUUGUAUAACUGCUUUAAGGGUACCAGCUAUUAAACCAAUGGAAUUAACAGUUGAAGCAUCACCAAGAAGAAUAUUUGCAAAUGCCCAUACCUAUCAUAUAAACAGUAUAAGUGUUAACAGUGAUCAAGAAACAUAUCUAAGUGCUGAUGAUCUUAGAAUUAAUUUAUGGCAUCUUGAGAUAACUGAUCAAAGUUUUAAUAUUGUAGAUAUUAAGCCAACAAAUAUGGAAGAAUUAACUGAAGUUAUAACUGCUGCUGAAUUUCAUCCAGUUGAAUGUAAUCUUCUUGUUUAUUCAAGUAGUAAAGGUACAAUUAGAUUGUGUGAUAUGAGAUCAGCAGCAUUAUGUGAUCGUCACAGUAAAUUAUUUGAAGAACCAGAAGAUCCAACAAAUCGUAGUUUUUUUUCUGAAAUAAUAUCAAGUAUAAGUGAUGUUAAAUUAAGUAAUUCUGGCCGUUAUAUGAUCAGUAGAGACUACCUCAGUGUUAAAGUGUGGGAUUUACAUAUGGAAACUAAACCAAUUGAAUGUUAUCCAGUACAUGAAUAUUUGAGAUCAAAAUUAUGUUCAUUAUAUGAAAAUGAUUGUAUUUUUGAUAAAUUUGAAUGUUGCUGGAGUGGUAAUGAUUCACAAAUAAUGACUGGUUCAUAUAAUAAUUUUUUCCGUGUAUUUGAUCGUACAACUAAACGUGAUUUAACACUUGAAGCUGCACGUGACAUUGCAAAACCAAAAGCACUUUUAAAACCUCGUAAAGUAUGUACAGGUGGUAAGCGUAAAAAAGACGAGAUCAGUGUUGACUGUUUGGAUUUUAAUAAAAAAAUAUUACAUACUGCCUGGCAUCCAUCGGAAAAUGUUGUUGCUGUCGCUGCGACGAACAACUUAUUCCUGUUCCAAGACAAGCUCUAGCACAUUUGUCUCAAGAUUAUUCAACGCUAUUUAGUGGCGUAAAUGUGGCACACAGAGCUGGUGAUUAAAACAGCAACAUAAACUAUAAAUAAAAUUUAAAAUAAACAAAAAAAUUAAAAAAGAAAAAAAUUAAAAAAUAAGAUGAAAAAUGCUGGAGUGAAGCUCUUAUUGCAGUGAUUGUUUUUUUUUUUUUUUUUUUUAAAUUCUCAAUUAUUUUGAGAUAUUAAAAAUACUGCGAUAUUAAAUCGAAGUUGUACUACACUCUCACGCUUCUCUAAUUCGCAUUUAUAUAAUGUCAUUAAGAUAAAUAAAUAAAUUUUUAAAAUUAAUAAAUUGCGAUAAUACAACACAGUUAUAAAAAAAAACAAUUUUUACAAGAAAUCAGAACAAAUCAUCGCUUAAAAUCAAAACAAAUAAAAUUUGUAAAACAAUAAUUAAAUUGAGUGAGAGAUAUUAAUUAAGCACAAUUUGUCAGCUAACUUGAACAUACACGUGCUAAAUCGGUGUUAUGAUGCUCCGAGUCUCAAAUCCAUUUGACUUUUCUCCGUAUCAAAUCGUCAGACUAAAUAAUACAAACAAAUAAUGGAGGUAAUAUAAAAAAUAAAAAAAAAAAAAUAAAACAAUAAACACUCAGUGAAAACCGAAAAAUAAUAAUAAUAAUAAUUUAAAAUGGCUAUGAACACUGUGUGUUCGAUAAGCAAUCAUAGAAAAUUAAUUUAAAUCCUCAUCACGCAUAUUUCAUCAUUUUAUGUUUUUUUUUUUCUUUUUCGUUCUUUCGUUUUGUAAUUUUUAAUCAUUUCAUAAUUAUAAUACACCACAUGGGUAUUCGCUGCUGCUUCGUCGUUGAUUUUUGUACAUUUUUUCAUUCACCAGAGCAGACUUGAUGAUAAAUUUAUUGUAUUAAAAAAAAAAAAAAAAAGAAAUGGAAAAAUAAUGAUUUUUGAAAAAAAUUAUAAACAUCUUGAUAUUUUUUAUUAUAUAUCUUUUCUUGUUUACCUGCAAAGGCCUACAUUGGCAAAUAUUUUUAUUUUUAUAUAUUACAAUAAAUAUACAAUAAUCAAUAAUUUAUCUAUUGCAUAUUGAUACGACGUAAAUAAUUAAUUUAAAUUAUCAUAGUAACGAUUAAUGGCUUUACGAGCUCUGUGGUGUCUUCCUAUCAUUCUCAAUUUAAUUAUCAUUUUUAGUUUGGUUUUUUUUUUUAAAUAAAUUUUGUCAUAUAGAUUAUUAAGAUA